AUGCAGUCUUCGCUGACCAGCUGGCUGAAAAAGUCCAGCUCCGAAAAGCAGCACCAGCAGCAUCGGAAUGUGCCUGUAGUCAUGCCGCCAAAGACCAACCGUCCACCCCCUCCUCCAAAGUCGGCUUCUGCUCCAACCGGCGUGCCCCUUACCACCACACCAACGCCCUCUGCCAUGGAGAACUGGAAUGAUAUCCCUGAUGACUUCCUACAAGCACCUUCGCGACCCAAGUCGAAGAAGAGCCCUCGCUCAUCUCGCGCCGUCACUCCUGUUGCUUCGACAAUACCCUCCCCUAAUAUUCUCCCAGUCCAGCAACCCCCCAAACCACAGCUUUUCGCCCUUCGUCCUCUGCCACCCAACGUCCAACUCGUGCCACUCACCGAAGACCUCAUGCCGGCAUUCAAGCGCCUAAACACCCUUACCCUGCCGAUAUCGUACCCAGAAUCAUUUUAUAAAGAGACCAUGACGGAGCCGCAUCACGGCAUCACACUCGUGGCAGUAUGGCACUCGUCCCCUGCAGAUAAAGCCAACGAGCCUUCGGCAGAGCAGUCGCAACUCGUUGGUGCUGUGCGGUGUCGGCUCCUUCCCUCUUCACAACUAUACAUCUCUACUUUGGGCGUACUCGCUCCCUAUCGUUCCCACGGCAUUGCUAUGCACCUGCUGCAAGCCAUCGUGAAAAAGGCCGUCGACCUCCAUAGCGUACGUUCCGUCACAGCGCACGUAUGGGAGGCAAACGAGGAGGGCAUGGAAUGGUACAAGAAGCGGAGCUUCGAUAUCGUGGGCAAAGAGGAGGGAUACUACAGGAAGCUUAGACCGCAAGGCGCACUCCUUGUGCGCAAGUGGAUAGGCGUGGGGGAUUUAUUAGACCCCAGUAUCUUGCAAAAAGAUGGGUUGAUUGGCGAGUGA